AUGGAACGUGGCGGAGAGAAAAGGAAGCUAGAUUAUCCAAAUUCAAAUAACAAACGCACGAAGUCUGAAGAAACGAAACCGAGUGGGUUUGAACAAGAAUUAGCAAAAUUUGGUCCUGCAGAAAGUCGCGCGUUAAAGUGGGGUAGACCUCCACUACCUUCCCUGGACGCCUCAAAAGAUGCCUUGGUCUUUCAACAACUUGACUUAGACCAUUAUAUUGGUAAGAAAUAAUAGUCAUAUUAUAAAAUACUGUAUUGGCAGUGUUUCAAUAUAAAGCAUAUAAUGGCAUAAUAUGAGCAUAAUUUAUGCUCAUAUUAUGCCAUUAUAUGCUUAUUGAAACACUACCAAUACAGUAUUUUUAUAUAAUGCAUAAAUAUGAGCAUAAAUAUUGAUAGAACAAGCUUUCGUUGAUAGGGAUGAAACAACCUGAAGGAUAAAUUCUCCUUAUAUGUUUUCAGGUAGUUGCAUCCCGACCAACGAAAGCUUGUUCAUUUGAUUGGCACGACCUGUACUGGCAAAAACUGUUCAAGAUAUAAAAUAUUGAUAGAAGUUCAAUUUAUGCCAUAAACCUCUGAAUAUCCCCCCUGGAUAUACCCCCCCCCCCAUGUAUAAGCCUGCUACAUUCACUAAUGUAUAAGCCCACUACAUUCACUAAUACCCUUCCUAAUAUAGGCGACUCUAUAUGUAAGUCCAUGGGCUUAUUAUUGGACAGGUAAUUAUUAUUGAAGGCAGCGACAGAGAUUCAACAGCUCAGAUCAUUGACGAUAAUUACAUUACAGUAUUAUACAGUAACAUGUUAACCAACUUGUUUCAUUGUGUUGUAUACUGUGUGUUUAUAUUUCUUUUUGUUUACGAUAUAUAGUAUACACUCGAGUGCAAUAAAUGUUAUUACUGACAUCACAUGUUGUUUGUAUACCUGACUGGAAAGUUUGGAAAUUGCACAACCGAGAUUUCGAAAAUUUAAUAGUAAAUAUAUAGAAAGCAUCAAAAUUGUCUGCCUGAUAUCUCGGUUGCACGAUGCGAAUAUAUAAUCCCACAUAAGCUUCCCCCCAUGUUUAAGCCCAUCAAAAAAUGCUUACAGUACAGACAAUAUAAGCUAAGGGUUUACAGUAUUAGAAGACAUAAUUUUGUCUAAAGAUGGGAAACUUGUCUAAGGGCCUGUUCAUAUGGCAAAAGUUAUCCUCAUUAACAAAAAAUUUUCGACUAGCCAAAUACUUUUGUUCUGUUCAUAUGGAGAAUGUUAUCCCGCUUACUGGGUAAAGUUUCCGGCUGUGACGUAGCAUUGAACAAUGAACAUCAGUUGAAUUGAAAAGUUGCUGACACGACAAGAAAGUUGUCUCAUAUGAACGCAGUGUAACUUUUCGUAUUAUUUUCAUACCAAGGCGAGAUCUCGCUUGUAAACUUGUUGAAAAGUUUUCUCCCUAACUGGGAUAACUUUUGCCCAUAUGAACAGGCCCUCAGAUGAGAAACUUGUACAGAAAUAUUCAGUAAAUGAUGGGUGUCAGUCUUAACUUCUCAAUCUAACUUUCUCAUUUGUUAAAUUUGAGAAUUUCUCAUCUCAGACACAAGAAAGUGCUGGAAAAUGUCGAGCAGCACUUCCAGCAUGUACAGCUUCCAGUAAAUGUUUAACAAAUAUCUUUACAGUUAUUAUAAAUAUUCCAAAAGCAUUUUGCAAAUCAAGAUUGUCUUGUACCAAGACUGAAGUUUAUCACAAUAUUUUAUAAUUGACUGACUAUCACACAUGUCCUUUACCACUUCUGUGACAUGAGUUUGCAUGAUUGAUUCGCAAUGAUUUCCAAUUUUACAAUGAUUUGCAAUUUUCUGCAGUCUAUAUGUAGUUUUGUGUUGUCUGCACAUGUACUUUCUUUGGAGACACCAUUUGCCUCCUGAGAAAUCAGAAAGUGAUCAAGAUAGUGACUCUGAUUGAUUUACAUAUUGUGUUGACAUAUGACUGUUGACAUUGCUUUUUAGUUUUCAAUAUUUGAGUGAGUUAUCGAGUUUGUUUUUGGUUUAUGGAUUAAACCGAUUAUAUAGUUUUUUUAGUGUUGCACCGAUAUCCAUAUUGGUGUAUCGGUAUCGGCAUAUUGGUACUAAAAUAGAAAUAUUGGUAUUGGACUAUCGGUAAUUUUGUUGUUGAUAUUACUGAUAUUACAAACUGUUAUUAAAUAUUUAUCACUUAUUUACUGAGACUGAGGGAAACAGUGUGUUUUGUGGACCCGAGACGUAUAUACAGUGUAUCAAGUGAAUUGAUUUAAAUUCAAAAGUAUUUAAGUAGAACUGUCAUGUCAUCUUUGAAUUUUGUGCAAUGACAUAGAAUAUCAGUAUCGGCAAAAUAUUGGUCCUUCAAUAUCGGAAUGUUGUUGAAUUUCCAUAUCGGUGCAUCACUAUAAGAAAUUUGACAAGCCUAACAGCUGUAACAUUCUGAUGUUAUUUCAUGUAUUGUUACCUUCUGUAGGUCAGCAUCAUGUUGGAAUGCCAGGGUCUACCAUUGGCCCGGUUCCGAUUGCUCGUAUGUAUGGCAUUACCAUGGAAGGAAACAGUGUGUUGUGUCAUAUUCAUGGUUUUGUACCAUACUUCUUCAUACCUGCACCAAGCAACAUGAAAAAAGAUGAUUGCCAUGCGUUUAAAGAUGCACUCAAUAGGGCUGUACUCGCAGAUAUGAGAUCAAACAAAGAUAUGGUUGUACAGGUAAUUACAGUUGAACUCCACUAUACUGAAUUUUAUUAUCUGGAGCCAAGGCUGGAUUUUGGUGGAAAUAGUGGGCAGGUGGGAAAAAUUUACAGGUGGUGCAGUGGUCUAGCUCACGACUUCCACGGAAAGUUAGGGCUUAGAACUGGCCAAUGUCAACAACAUGAUGUAUGCAUGUAGCAUACAUGUACAGUAUGUAGUAAGUGAGAAAUGCUGUUCUAGAAACCCUAUCAUAAAUUUCUCCUGGGUAACAUGCCCCCCUGACCCCCUAGAGGCCUAGAAUGCGCCUUGUGUUUGGAAUCUAUGUUUGUUUUGCUCCCCCAUCCCCCAGUCAACGCCCGACUACGCAACUGAUUAACAGUCAAGCUCUUGUUCGUUUGGGUGUUUGUCAUUCUGCCAAAAAGUCACAUGAUUUUACACAUUUUUUAUAUAGGCAGUGUUAGCUGUUGAUUAUCACAUAAAGGAAAGUAUAUACGGUUACCAUGGAAACAGAAAGAUACCCUUCCUGCAGAUCACUAUGUCUUUGCCAAAGUUGAUUGCACCUGCAAAACGAAUCUUGGAAUCUGGCAUUCGAUACAACAGCAACCCUGAGAGAGCUUACACCACGUAUGAAAGUAAUAUUGAAUAUGAG